CGCAAAACAAAACAUCGGUAAACAGCUGACUUUAAAUCUGGUAUUGACACUGACAAUUUCAUUAUCCCAAUUCACAAUAUUGACAUGAAUGACAAUCCUAUGAUAUUUUCUCUAAAAUAAAUUGACGGAUAAUGAACGGCGUAAAAUCUGUUAUAAGUUAGAACAAUUACUUCUGCAACCGCCCAUUAGUCAAAAAAUGUCUGCCAGUAAAUUAGACGCCGUUUACCGAAGUAUACUCUUGACGAAAUUUUUUACAAAAGGUUGGGGGAAACCAGAAAAUUUAAGAAGGUUAUUUGAAUUCAGGAAGAUUGUGUCAAAUCGUGAUGAAUGUUUUAAAUUAGUUGACAAAGACUAUCCAGUAACAAUAACCAAGGAACAAAACCUAACAGACUGUCAUCUACUGGAAGGAUACUUUUUAACGCCUUUGGAGAAGCAUUUACCGGGUAUUGUACCAGAAAUAGCACAGAAAGCCCACUUCCAAAUUUUGUUGCCAGUCCACUGGCCUGACCCUCACUGCAAACCUGUUUGCUUACAUUUAGCGGGGACAGGUGAUCAUUUUUUUUGGCGACGGAGAAAUCUCAUGGUAAAACCAUUAAUUAAGGAAGCGGGUAUCGGUGGAAUUAUUCUUGAGAAUCCUUUCUAUGGCCUUCGUAAACCGACUGAUCAAAUUCGAUCUUCUUUACACAAUGUUUCGGAUAUUUUUGUGAUGGGCGGCUGCCUAAUAUUGGAGUCGUUGGUGCUCUUUCACUGGUGCGAACGGAAUGGACUCGGUCCUCUGGGUGUUACGGGACUUUCUAUGGGUGGUCAUAUGGCGUCAUUAGCUGCUACGAACUGGCCGAAACCGUUGGUCCUUGUGCCGUGUCUGUCAUGGUCGACUGCAUCUGCUGUAUUCCUUCAGGGUGUAAUGUCUCAUUCCAUAAACUGGGAUCUCUUAGAAGAUCAAUAUCUUUCUGAUGGGGCUUACAGAGAAAAACUUUCCAAGAUGGUAACAAUAGUCGACGAAGCUUUCCUUGCCGGAAAGAAAUUCGCUCGAACGUAUUCUCAAAAUAUGGAAAGUAAUUCGAAGCCUAGCGUUGAUACGAAACCUCAAAAUGCCAUAAUAGAUUCAUUGGAUUGCAACACGCUUAAAAAGGUUGACAUUACUUACAAAGAGGCUGGCGGUGACAAGCAAAGUGAAGUAAACGAAGACUGUAACAAUGAUAUCGUAAUAAAACCAAAUGUGCCUUUUAACACCAAAUGGAUGUCAAAUAAGGACGAAGAAAAAUUGAAAGAAAAUUUAAAAGUAAUGCUUGAAAAUAAUAAGAUUACUGAAGUACUGUAUAAUAAAUUAACAUCGAAUAAGAACUUUGAAUUAGAACCGCAGGAUAUAGAGAAUAUAAAUAAAUUAACUGAUGGAAGAAUUAAAUUGUUAUUACUAAAAUAUAAAGAUCUAGAAAAGGAAGUUACAUCAAAGCAAACAAAUGUAACCAACGAAGUCGAGUCCAAAACUGUUAAUAAAAAUAAUAGUGACGAUCACAAAGAUGUUAAGUCAAAGGACCUAUUUGAAAAUGCUUCAAACAAAAUAGUGAAACAAAAAAAAACCGACGGUGAAAUUAAACCAACUGAGAGUGCUGAAUUAACGAUUUCAACAAACAAAAAAGAUAAAAAACCUUGGACCGUAUCAGAUUUUACAUCUGACCUUUGGGUCAAUUUGCCAUUUUUUAAAUCAAGCGGGAAAAAGAUAGACAUAGGAAAAAUCCAUUGGAGAGAUAGAGAGGCGUUACAGUUUAUGCGAGGGAUCAUGGACGAAUGCACGCAUUUGAGUAAUUUCUCGAUACCUUUCGACACUUCGUUAAUCAUCGCGGUGUGCGCCAAACACGACGCGUACGUGCCGCGCGACGACGUCGGCACGCUCGAGGAGAUCUGGCCCGGAGCGGAGGUGCGCUACGUCGACGCGGGACACGUGUCCGCCUACAUCUUGCACCAGUCGCUCUUCAGAUCUUGCAUCAUGGAAGCCUUUGAGAGGUCUAAGAAAAAAUGGAAUGAUGGAAAACAUCUUUAACGAAUACGUAGAUGAAACAAUUAGGUACAAUUUAAACUGAGUGUAAGACUUUAGAAAUCUGCCUUCAAUGAAGUUGCGUCGCGUCGUCGUCAUGUACGUAGUGACUCAUUCUUUUUAAAAUGUUAACCGAAACUUAAAACGGUCGUUAUUAUACAAUUUAAUUCUUCCGACAUAUAUUUAUCUCGGAAGGCGUUAUCAACUUUGCCAAGUGCUGUGAGAAUAGAUACUUUUUGUAUCUUUCGAAAAUUUACUGCAAUAAUAUAAUUACAUUAAAAUUUAGAUAUUAAUAAAUCUUUUAAAGAUAUAAAUAUCGUAGUCGCGCGUUGAAUGUUUUAGUGUAGCUGGUGUUAAUUAUUUUAACAAGAUAGUUUCCUAGUCUUAAUUUUAUUAUCAAAAAUAAUGCCAUAAAGCUUUUUUAGAUAGAGCACAAAACUGAAUAUGAAACAAUGAGUCAAAACUGAUAAAUCUUUAAUUUCCAAUCCGAGGUACAAAGAUUGCCUUUACUUUGAGCGUGUUCAGUUUAGAUGGUAAUUUUGUUGUGAAAUGCUUACAGAUAUUUAUUGUUAACUAUUUGCAAAUUGUGUAUAAGAUAUCUCUAUUGAGAUAAAAAUGUUAAAUGUAUUUUUAUAAAUAAAUAUAUUUUUCAAUUUAUAA